UGAGAGAGAAGAUGAGGGCACUGCCUCUAAAAUGAGUUCUCCAUCUCCUGUGUCGAGCUGUGAGUCUAUGAAGAGUAAUCAAUCUAUGAAGAAUCUGCCCUCUGCAUCCAGUGAUGCGGUGACCUCUGACCCCAAGAGAAAGAGACAGAGAUCAGAAUCUCCAGAACCCAGUGGUGUGUCUCUAACAAGUAAUGUAUCCAUGAGGCAACCCCCUACAUUCAGUGAUGGACCAAUGACCUCUGACCCUUUAUUAUCUCUGACCUGCACUGCAUCACAUGAGACUGGAGAUCUGCAGAAACCAGUGGAUAAUGGUCUUCAGAGAGUCAAAGCCCUGCACAAAACCAUCAUGAAGAGCAAGUAUGAGAUAUUAUUUGAGGGAAUCAAACUAAAAGAGACUCAAACCCUUCUGAGCAGGAUCUACACACAGCUCUACAUCAUAGAGGGAGAGAGAGAAGGAGUGAAUGAAGAACAUGAGGUUUUACGGAUGGAGAAAACAGCCAGAACACAACACUCACAAGACAAUCUGAUCAACUACAAUGACAUCUUUAAAGCCUCAGCUGAACCAGGAUCUGAGGAGAAAGAGCAGAUCAAGACUGUUCUUACUAAAGGCAUCGCUGGAAUCGGAAAAACCGUCUCUGUGCAGAAGUUCAUUCUGGACUGGGCCGAGGGAAAAGCCAAUCAGGAUGUAGAUUUCAUGUUUAAGGAGGAAUAUUUCAGGAAGAGAAUCAGUGAGCAGCAUCAAGCCAGCAGAAUCAUCUCACACAUCAGAAGAGCAAGAAGCCUCCACAUCAUGUGCCACAUCCCCGUCUUCUGCUGGAUCUCAUCCACUGUGCUUGAGAAGCUCCUGGAAGAAGAUCUGAGUGCAGAAAUCCCUCAAACUCUGACUGAGAUGUAG